AUGCCCACUUACCCAAACGAUGAUCCAUUUUGGAAAUCAUAUUCAACAACGGAGCUCAAUCGAUCAACACCAAACCUGCGCCAUAACGUCGAGAGAUGCGUAAGUCGCUUGUCAGCUGGAGCAUACAAACACAGCCAAUCUCUGCGCUCCCGCGCUUCUUCUGCGACAUCGAACGGUCUGGAUUCCAACCAGAUUCACUUCCUUUUCAACAAGCGAGGGAGCCGUAGCAGCCUAGCGACAACCAGCAGCCAUGAUACUUCAUCUCCAACGAGUACGGCGUCAUCGCAUUCUAUGCCUAUGGACCAAGUUGUUCGACGAAGUAACGUGAUUAUGGUGGCUCCGCACGGGGCUCGAAGCUCACUCAACAAUGAGCGAAGAGAUUCUGGAGAAAAAUCUACUACGGAAGAGAGCGACGAAACGCAAGUGAGCUCACCACGGCCAUUUGGACGACAAAUGACAGCACCUAGCUUGCCACUUGCUACUAAGCUGCUCUACGUCGGUGAAGUCGUUUGGCAGAUUGACGACACAGUGUAUGUUGGCUCGCAGGAUGCCGUAGCAAAUAUGAAUCUGCUCUGUCGAUUGAACAUCGAGUUCGUGUGCGAUUUGUGCAAUGAAGAUGGCGAAGAAGCAAACAGGAGGCGAUACGACUGCCCGUGCUUAUGCCCGCGGAGGUCCAAACAUUUUCGAUAUUUCGUCGCAAUGGAUGUACCAGAGACGGAAAAGAAAUGUAUUGAUUCCAAGGUGAACAUGACGGUACUAUUCGACCAAUUUUGCGAUCUCGUCGAAAGAGGAAGGAAAGCUGGAAAGUGCGUUUUGGUGUGCAGCGCUAAGGGAAGAAAUAGAGCACCCGCAUUCUGCGCAGCAUAUCUGAUCAGCAAAGAGAGGAUGAGUCGGCAACAAGCAGUAGCAAAAGUUCUUGAACAGAUGAACACAAUGCGACCAGCUCCGAACAUCUCCGACUUCAUGCAGAGGGCUCUGAUGCGGUACCAGGCUUCGAAGGGCAUCCAGGGUGCGCCCGACACCUCGCACACCCUUCCUCUAUUCAGCAUUAAAAGGACCGCGUGGACCUAA